AUGUCGACAGAAAAAAACCCCGUUUCUGCGCAUGAGCGCUCCAACUCCUCGGUCUCAUCUAGUCGUACAUCGACUUCCGAUGACGGCUUACAUUCAGCUCAUGAGACUCAAUCUCGACACGAGAACGAGGAUGACAGAGUCUACCAUUGCUCAGACCAUAGCCAUAGCCACGAAGGAAGCCGGGACACUGUCCAUGAGCAGGACAUGGAUAUCGAGAAAAAUCUUGCAUCCCUCGACCAAACACCCACAAACUACAGCAAGAACAAUAACAUCAAUAUGCUCGAUACAGUCCGCAGCCACGUCUCGCAGCAAGACAUGCACGUCUCCGACAAUGUCUACCGCGAGCAAAACGCAGAGCAAUAUCUCCGGUUCUCUCCAACGAGAAAAGUGAACAUCGUGGUGAUUCUGUCUGCUUGUUCCUUCUUGGCGCCGAUUUCAUCAACGAUGAUUCUUACUGCUAUUCCGGAGGUGGCGGAGACUUUCAAUACCACUGGUAGUGUGAUUAACGCGAGUAAUGCCGUGUACAUUCUUGCAAUGGGUCUGUCCGCGACGUUUUGGGGAACAUUUAGCCAGAUUUAUGGAAGGAGACCUAUGUCGUUUUGGAGCUCGUUCCUUUUCUUCGUUUUCAGUCUUGCCACAGCAUUGUCGCCGAAUUUGGCAGCAUAUUUCAUCUUCCGAGCCUUAACGGCUUUUCAGGGAACUUCCUUUCUUGUUGUGGGGAGCGCCUCUAUCAGUGAUAUCUACACGCCCACAGAGCGAGCUACUGCUCUCGCAUGGUUCUUGUCCGGAACUUUGAUCGGUCCAGCUAUCGGGCCAUUUUUAGGGGGUGUAAUUGUUACGUUCUGUUCAUGGCGGGUGAUCUUCUGGCUGCAAACCGCACUCGGCGGUUGUACAUUCAUUCUAGUCGCUCUGUUCAUCCCCGAGACAAUCCCCCACAAGACAAUCUCUGACCUCGUUGAUCUCUCGUCAAUGGAAAAGACAGUCGCAAUCUGGCACCGUAUGAACCCAAUUCGAGUCAUCAAACUGCUGUUCCAGUACCCGAACCUCUUCUUUGCCGCACUUGCUUCCGCAUCCCUUGUCUGGAACCAGUAUUCUCUCCUUACUCCAAUUAGAUAUGUUUUGAAUCCACGCUUCAACCUCACCACCCCGAUUGAGUCCGGUUUGUUCUAUCUCGCGCCGGGUUGCGGCUAUGUCUUUGGCACCUUUUUCGGCGGCCGCUAUGCUGACUAUAUUGUCCGCAAAUGGAUCCGCAAGCGUGACGGCGUUCGUGUGCCUGAAGAUCGCCUCAAAUCCUACCAAAAAGUCGGCGGUAUUCCCGUGCCUGUAAUUGCACUAUUCCUCCAAGGAGUGUCGCAGACAUUUGUGUUCCCCAGUCUGAAUACGUACUGUCUCGAUGUCAUGCAGUCCAAGGGUAGAAGUGCCGAGGUCGUUGCGGGCAAUUACAUGUUUCGAUAUGCGUUUGGGGCGCUGGGAACAGGUGUAGUAUUACCGGGAAUCGGAGCCAUGGGUGUGGGCUGGUUCAACACCAUCUCUGCUAUAUUUGUGGGAAUUUCUGGGUUCUUUAUGUGGCUCAUAACGAUCAAAGGAGCCACAUGGCGGCAGAGGGUGGAUGAGAAGCUAGCCCAAGCAGCUGCAGCUUGA